AUGAGCCCUUCAGCAGUCGAAGGAAACGGGGUCGCAGACAUCAAGACGACUCUCAAGCCUAACAUUGGCGUUUACACCAACCCCAACCAUGAUCUCUGGGUAACGGCUGCUGAACCCUCUGCUGAAGCCGUCAAGUCCGGCUCCGACUUGAAGCUUGGUGAGGUCAGUGUUGCUAUCCGCAGCACUGGUAUUUGCGGUUCCGAUGUUCACUUCUGGCAUGCUGGUUGCAUCGGUCCUAUGAUUGUCGAGGGCGACCACAUCCUGGGCCAUGAGUCGGCUGGCGAGGUUAUCGCCGUGCACCCUUCUGUCAGCCAUCUCAAGGUUGGCGACAGGGUCGCCGUCGAGCCAAAUAUCCCCUGCGGUACCUGCGAGCCCUGCCUUACUGGCCGAUACAAUGGUUGUGAGAGCGUCCAGUUCCUGUCGACACCACCUGUUCCCGGCAUGUUGCGCCGAUAUAUCAACCACCCGGCUGUCUGGUGUCAUAAGAUUGGAAAUAUGUCGUUUGAGAACGGCGCUCUCCUUGAGCCCCUCAGUGUUGCCCUUGCUGGCAUGCAGAGGGCCCAGGUCGCCCUGGGAGACCCUGUCCUGAUUUGCGGUGCUGGACCUAUCGGGCUGAUCACCCUUCAGUGCUGUGCCGCCGCAGGUGCUUCUCCUAUCGUCAUCACUGACAUUUCAGAGAGCCGGCUGGCAUUUGCUAAGGAGCUCUGCCCUCGCGUGACUACACACAAGGUCGAGCGACUGUCAGCUGAAGACUCCGCUAAAGCAAUUGUUAAGAGCUUCGGAGGUGUCGAGCCCAGUGUUGCGCUGGAGUGUACCGGUGUCGAAAGCAGUAUUGCCGCUGCCGUCUGGUCAGUAAAGUUUGGCGGCAAGGUCUUUAUCAUUGGCGUCGGAAAGAACGAGAUCAACAUUCCCUUCAUGCGCGCAAGUGUACGAGAAGUCGACAUUCAGCUCCAGUACCGUUAUUGCAACACCUGGCCCAGGGCUAUCCGAUUGAUUGAGAACAACGUAGUUGACCUCUCAAAGCUCGUCACCCACAAGUUCAAGCUUGAGGAUGCCAUCAAGGCGUUUGAGACGUCGGCAGAUGCCAGGAGCGGGGCCAUCAAGGUCAUGAUCCAGAGCCUGGACUGA